CACACACACACGCGCGCGCGCGCACACAGCGAGUGGCUGUGUGAGCCCUUGGUUAUCGUCUCGUUUAUACAGCAUCCACGUCAAGCUGGGCAAAGUGCAGAAAGCGAUAGCAAGUCAAGCCUGUGAAACAGCAUUUUCAAAAACUACAUAUUCCUUAUGGAAGGAGAAUGCCUGUGUGACAUCCACAGCCAAGAGCUGAAAUGAGUCCUGUGCCGGUCAGUAUGAAGCCCUGGACCCAGGAGCUGAUAGAGAAGCUGAGUGUGCUGCAGGGUGUGCUGACCUUCCUCGGCAUGGGGAUCUUUGGCAGCAUUCUUAUGGUCUCCCUGCUGUUCACCAGGCUGUGGAUCCUGUCUGUGCUCUACUUCACCUGGCUGUUCCUGGACUGGGACUCGCCUGUGAGAAAGGUAAGGGGGGGGGGCAGGACAUCGAAAUGGAUGAGGCACUGGAGGGUGUGGAAACACUUCAGUAAUUACUAUCCCAUCAAGCUGGUGAAGACAGCGGAGCUGAGCCCGGAGAGGAACUACGUGUUUGGCUGCCACCCGCAUGGCAUCAUGUGCGCCGGAGCCUUCAGCAGCUUCUCCACGGAAGGGACCGGGUUCUCGACAAUGUUUCCCGGGAUACGGCCGCACCUGGCCACGCUGGCCGGGCUGUUCAAGAUGCCGAUCUACCGGGAGUACAUGAUGUGCGCGGGAAUGUGUCCAGUGAGCAAGCCCAGUCUGAAGUACCUCCUCUCCCAGAACGGCACUGGCACUGCGGUGGCGAUCGUGGUAGGGGGCGCCGCUGAGUCUCUGACCUGCAGCCCCGGACACAACUCCAUCGUCAUAAGGAACAGAAAGGGCUUCGUCAAGCUGGCCAUCGAGUACGGGGCUGACCUCGUUCCUGUCUUCUCGUUCGGGGAGAAUGACAUUUUCCACCAGGUGAUCUUCGAGGAGGGGAGCUGGAAGAGGAGUCUGCAGAUCGCCUUCCACAAAUACGUGGGCUUCGCGCCCUGCCUCUUCAAAGGGAAGGGGAUCCUCUUCAAAUCCUGGGGGCUGCUACCCUUCCCUAAGCCCAUCACCACUGUGGUUGGGAAACCCAUCGCGAUGCCAAAGAUGGUCUCUCCUCCUGGCCGGGUAGUGGAUCACUAUCACCAGCUCUACAUGCAAGCGAUCCUUGACCUCUUCGACCAGCACAAGGUGGCCUGCGGUCUGCCUGAGGAAAGCCAGCUCGAAAUCCUCUGAGGCGCAGCGCCCAGCCUGGCCCACCAGGGGGCACUGCCGGCCACAGAGAAAACUGCAACGGGCCCUUUAAACCUGGGACACGUGACUCAGAUGACUUUCCUUGCUGGAACUGAGACUGUGUGUGUUUUUAAAUCCUGUGUUCUAGUGUUACGCUGCAGAAUUUAAAAAAAAAAAAAAAAAAAAAAAAGUCGCUUUUAAAUAAUGGUGGAAUGAUGUAAAC